AUGUUAUUCAGACAUCUUCUCACGUUGGUAAUCCAACUAUGCUGGGCUGUUCUUGGGUUUUCCCACCAAGAAGCCACAAUCACGAUCCCUUGGGUUACAGAUGCACCAGAUUACUUCCAGGGCUAUGGAGGCAAGGCCAUAGGCGCUAAAGAUGCAACAACGACCUACGGAAUCAACUGUCUCUCAGACCAGACAGCCUGCCACAGAUUUACCCCGGAUCUGACCGUUAUCUAUGGGCCCAACACAUAUGACAUGAUUGCCAAUGGCUACAAAUUUGACUUUACCUCAAAUUGCACACUCAUGGGCUCUCCGACACCCACAGGCGCGUCUUGUACAGAGAUAAAGUCCUCGCAUGAAACCAGUACUAUCACCUCAGCGACGGUACUUGUUCCAGCCACAGGUGACGAUUCCACCCUAGGAAUUUUUCCGGCGACCUUGAUCGUGACCGACACUGGAGACUUCUAUGUUCCUACAACCGUGACUGAAGUCGAAACUUCGGUCAAUUCCCGUGUCUCAUCCAGUGACGCAAGCUUAACGACGCCUGCGACUGCCACCGCGGAUCCCAUUACCUCAGUCUCCGUUGAGGUCCUGAAUUCGACAGCCCUGAUUACUGGUGUGCCAACUUACUUCGGCAAUGGAACUUCGCGAGCUGACAAGAAUGGCACGACGGUUACAGUUACUGUUCUUGCCAGCUCAUUUCCGUGUCACUGUGAAUGUGAGUGCGGACAACAUCAGACCGCCAAGGCCACUGUGACUGUCCCAAUGGCAAUGAAAAAUCGUGGAAUCAAGAUGGCUGCUCCCAUGGCAUUGGUGUGGGGAAUUCUAGCUGGCGCUUUGUUCUGGAUUUGA